UCUCCCUCCCCCGUCCCUGCCCAAACGCACACCCCUCCGCCCCUCCUUUGGCCCCCGCGCCCAGCCCUCCUCUCCGCUCUCGGCCAGAAGGAGCCACUUUAAAGACGGCCGCACCUGGCCGGAGAGGUUGGGCAGGCGGAGGGGUGGGGAUCAGCGGGAACUGGGAAGCCAGACCCGGAGCUGGAUGCAACGCGAGGAGAAUGGAGUCUCCUAACAGCCUCCCGGGGCUGAUGUGAAAUUUGACCAUCUGAUUCCAGUUUUCCUUUCCUUUUCUUUUUUUAUUUCCUCCCCUCGCCAUCCAUCGUGUAGUGAAUUAUUAAAAUCUUGCUCCGUUCCAAGAGAGGAGAUCAUGAUUGAGUGAAACCACCCCGUCCGCAGCAAGAAAAAGCACAAAGAAGAAACCACAACGAUGGCCAAGCUGACAGAAUCCAUGACUAACGUCCUGGAGGGCGACUCCAUGGAUCAGGAUGUUGAGAGCCCUGUGGCCAUUCACCAGCCAAAGUUGCCUAAGCAGGCCAGGGACGACCUGCCAAGACACAUCAGCCGAGACCGGACCAAAAGGAAAAUCCAGAGGUACGUGCGGAAAGAUGGAAAGUGCAACGUCCAUCAUGGCAAUGUGAGGGAGACCUACCGAUACCUGACUGAUAUCUUCACCACCUUAGUAGACCUCAAGUGGAGAUUCAACUUGUUGAUAUUCGUCAUGGUUUACACAGUGACGUGGCUCUUUUUUGGGAUGAUCUGGUGGCUAAUCGCAUACAUCCGAGGAGACAUGGACCACAUAGAGGACCCCUCAUGGACUCCCUGCGUCACCAACCUCAAUGGGUUCGUCUCUGCUUUUUUAUUCUCAAUAGAGACAGAAACCACCAUUGGUUAUGGCUACCGGGUCAUCACGGACAAGUGCCCAGAGGGAAUUAUUCUUCUCUUAAUCCAGUCUGUGUUGGGGUCCAUUGUCAACGCAUUCAUGGUAGGAUGCAUGUUUGUAAAAAUAUCGCAACCCAAGAAGAGGGCAGAGACCCUGGUUUUUUCUACCCACGCAGUGAUCUCCAUGCGAGAUGGGAAACUGUGCCUGAUGUUCCGAGUAGGGGAUCUUAGGAAUUCCCACAUUGUGGAAGCUUCCAUAAGAGCCAAGUUGAUCAAAUCCAAACAGACUUCGGAGGGGGAGUUCAUCCCCUUGAACCAGACGGAUAUCAAUGUAGGCUAUUAUACCGGGGAUGACCGUCUGUUUCUGGUGUCACCACUCAUCAUCAGCCACGAAAUUAACCAACAGAGUCCUUUCUGGGAGAUCUCCAAAGCCCAGCUGCCCAAAGAGGAACUGGAAAUUGUGGUCAUCCUAGAAGGAAUGGUGGAAGCUACAGGGAUGACAUGCCAAGCUCGAAGCUCCUACAUCACCAGUGAGAUCCUGUGGGGUUACCGGUUCACACCUGUCCUGACGCUGGAGGACGGGUUCUACGAAGUCGACUACAACAGUUUUCAUGAGACCUAUGAGACCAGCACUCCAUCUCUCAGUGCCAAAGAGCUGGCUGAGCUAGCCAGCAGGGCAGAGCUGCCCCUGAGUUGGUCUGUAUCCAGCAAACUCAACCAACAUGCAGAACUGGAGACGGAGGAGGAGGAGAAAAACCUCGAGGAACAAACAGAAAGGAAUGGUGAUGUGGCAAACCUAGAGAACGAAUCCAAAGUGUAGGCCCCUAGCCGGGCAACUCCUUCUCCUUUCCCCCAACACAGCGUUUCCUUGUGUCUCAUUCUCUUUCUUUUCUGUCUCUCUUCCUUUGUUCUUUCUUUAUUUCUAUUUAAUUUUGGCAUUACUAGAAAACAAAUCUUCAAGGUGUAAAAUAUCUACCUGCCCUCUCUCAGUUAUUCAGAUUGACAAGGUAGACAUGGAUUUGGUUAAGGUGCAAUGUGGCCUCAUCUGUGGCCCAAGCCUGCUCUCCUCCCUAAAUACCACACACCCAACUCCUAGAAGAUAUAAGCGACUUAGUGUGCAUGUGUCGUACAAUACCAGAUCACUCAAAAGAGUGCAUCAAAGAUUUUACCUGGGAUACGAUAAGGAAGGUCUCCGGUGCCUACUUAUCCGUGCAGUGAGACAUAGAGUAUAGCCCUCAAUUUUACAGAUCCCAAUAAAUUUCAUCGACAGGGCGAGGUGCUUGUCCCAUGCGGGCGUGGCUGUUAUAAGACCCAGGUGAGGGGAGGACAAAGCACUGUACAUAUAUAUGCCUUAUGUAAUUAUUUUCUUUUGCAGUUAGUAAUAAAACCCAGCAUGUACAAAAGUACUGUAGAACAGAACUUCUAAAUACUGUACAUAGAUGUAUAAUUAAUGUAAGUUUAGAUACAUAACUUUAGAAAUAAGAUGCAAAAAAAAAAAAAAAAGAUUCCCAACAUACAGUAAGCAUUUCUGUUCUGAUGCCUUUUCUGAAUUUCAUUGGUCCCAUUGACCUC